AGCCGGCUCCGUGUCUGCGGUGCUGCUACUAAAGUUGUUCAAAGCUUGUGCACGAUGUACAGAAACCAAUACGACAAUGACGUCACCGUGUGGAGUCCCCAGGGGCGCCUGCACCAGGUGGAGUACGCCAUGGAGGCCGUGAAGCAGGGCUCCGCCACCAUCGGACUCAAGAGCGAACGCCACGCCGUGCUUCUCGCACUGAAGAGGGCAUCGUCUGAACUGUCGGCUCACCAGAAAAAAAUCAUUCCGAUUGACAACCACUGUGGAGUUUCCAUCGCCGGGCUCACUGCCGACGCCCGUCUGCUCAGCAAGUUCAUGAGGACGGAGUGCCUGAACAACCGCUACGCCCACGACACCCCGCUGCCCAUCAGCCGAUUGGUGACUCUUCUCGGCAACAAAAUGCAGGUCUGCACGCAGAGGUACGACCGAAGGCCAUACGGCGUGGGUCUUCUGGUGGCCGGAUACGAUGACAUGGGUGCCCACAUCUACCAGACGUGUCCCUCGGCCAACUACUUUGACUGCAAGGCCAUGGCGAUUGGCGCCCGAUCGCAGUCGGCCAGGACCUACCUGGAGAAGCACCUGGAUGAAUUCAAGAACUGCGAGCUGGAGGAGCUGGUGAAGCAUGGUCUGCGAGCGCUGCGGGACUGCCUCCCUAACGAGGUGGAGCUGUCUACCAAGAACGUGUCCAUCGCCAUCGUGGGCAAGGGGCAGGACUUCAUCAUCUACGACGACGACGACGUUGCCCCAUACCUUGCGUCCAUCGAGGGAGAAGAGCACCACGGAGCUCCGCCUCCUCCCCCCGGAGACAACGAUGUGAUCCCCACGGAUCCGCAGCCUCCGUCGUCGGCAGAUCCGGCCGUUACCGUGGCCACUGCGGUCGAAGAGCGGAUGGAACAGUGAUCCUGUCCAGUUAUUUGCAUGCCAGUGCAUUAUUUUCGUGCACCUCUUUUUUGCGAGGGUUUUUUUUUUUGUUACCGCUACCUGCCGUCGAGACUGCAGUAAAGAGGUUGGCAAAGCUGGAA